AUGCGCCGAGGUUCUCCGUUUUCUGUUCUUUUUCCUGUCGACGCUUCUCUCCUUCAAAGCGAAGGCCUCCUCCUCGCGAGACUCAUCUUCUCCCAACUACGCAGCGCUCGAAUCGAGCGCGAUGAGGGGGCGGGAGGUUACAGAAAGUUCUUCUUGGCGUUCUGUUGCUUCUUCAUCACAUCGUCUUCGCCAACUAUUUUGCGUGUUUGCCUUUCUGUGAGGGUGUUUGCAAAGUGGAAAGAAAAACGAGAGUCACGGGAAAAAAAUCAACGCCUUUCAUCCCCUUGCAUCCGCCUGGGAUAUCGCGUGGUGCGUUUCUCCUUCCCCAGGGACGGUCGUCUUCCUUCCCUCUUCUUCUCCUCCUGUCCUUGUCUUCCAAAUCUUUUUCAAGAUUUCUCCGGAGAAAGACAGAGGCGAGCCGAUUCUGCGACCUCUUCGUCUCUUCUUUCCUUUCAGGCUGAAAGAUUUUCGCACCUGCGCGCUGUCCGUGCAUUCCUCGGGUGUAUAUACACUCGGUCUUUUUCUUCUGUUGCGUCUGUUUUUAUGUCGUGGCCAGUGCGUUUUUUUCUUUUCUUCAGAAACGGAAAGCCGCGCUUAGUGGACGAGGAUUUUCGAAUUCCUGGGGCCUUCCCUCACCUGGUUUUCUCGCGUCGUCUCCCCUCUGUCAGUUUCCUUCCCGCUUUUCUUGUGUUUCUUCUCCCUCUUCUUUCCUCCUGCCCCGUGCAUCCCGGCUGUUUCCUCUCCCCUUUUCUCUCUUGUUCUCCGGUGGACCGCCACUCCUUCCUCGUUCUUUCGCCUCCCUUCUUUCUCUUCACUCUCCUCCCCUUCCGUCUUUUCUCGUCUCUCUGCCUCCCCUGUACUUCCCUGUCUCCUUCGUCUCUCUUCUCUCUCCUGUCCGCUCCGGCCCUCGCUGCAGCCGUCGUUCCUUCACCGCCUCACAGCUCGAGUGUCUCGGCUGCGUCCGUGUUCCGCGUCCGGCGCGGCGAACGCGCGUCCUGGAUUCUCCUCCACGUUCUCUUUCUCUUCGCAGAAAAUGGCUUUCCUCGUCGAGUUCGAGGACGGAAAGCAUCCGACGCAGUGCUGGCGCCUGGCCUCCCGGAAGACGUACGUGAUCGGCCGGAACUCGGGUGCGGUUGGCAUUCGUUUGCCUCAUGCGUCGAUCUCUCGCAAGCAUGCAGAGCUCUCUGUCUUCUCGGAAAAAGAUGCCACACAAAGACGUCAAACGCAGAACGCCGACAGAACACCCGCGCGCGAAGACUCCCGCAGAGGUCGCAGAGGGCGCAGUGUCUCCUCGAGUCGCUCUCGCUCCAGAUCGGGCAGUGCGUCCAGAGACAAAGCUUCUUUCCAACUCCUCGAGCUGAGUGCGGUCAAUGGCACUUUCAUCAACGAAAAACGCAUGCGCGAGGCGUACAGAGGAGCUGUCGACUCGGACGUCGCCAUCGCCUUUGCAGACUGUCCCCACAGAUACAAAGUCCUCUCAGCGAUCUGAGGAUUGCUUCCUCUUCUUGUGCCGAGCCUGAGCUCUCCACCUUGAGAAGCUCUCUCUGUCCGUCGACGCGUCGACCAGAGCCACCGUCGUCCUCCCUUCCUUGCAUUGCACCAAGGAGCCGGUCGGAGAGUCCACGUGGAUCUUCUAAACUCGGAACGAAGUCUGAAUCUCAUGCUUCUUCUUCUCAUUCUUCGUCGACUCGAGAGACGCGCGCGUACAGCCGGUCGCGUUCGCGUGAGGGCGACGAGCGGCGCGGGCGUCGGCGGAGUCGCUGGUCGUCUCGCCAGGAGAAAAAGAAGAAAGCUCCCUCGCGUUCGCCGUCGCGUUCGUCUUCUCGGUCUUCACGGUCCUCUCGGCGGUCGCGGAAGAAGCGGAGCGGGUGGACAGACGCCUCCAGCGAGGAGAAGAAGCGCGAGGAGCUGGACGCACAGAUGAACGAGAUUAUCGCGAAUGCGCAGAGUGCGAAGGCGAAGCAGGACGCGGAAAAACGCAUGCAGUCGGCGCUGGACGCCUCCCUCCAAGCCGGCGCGCUGACGAAUCCGAUGAACAGUGCGGGACUGAACUUGACGAUCGGCAGAGGCUUGUCUCUGCUCAACUGUGGGACGCCUGCCGCUGUCGCGCAGCGUGCAGCGCAGGCCGCUGCAGAUCGAUUGCUCUCACCCUCGCCACUCGCGCAGGCAGCUGUUUUGAACCUCCUGGCGAGCAAUCCUGGCCUCGCCGGCUUGGUUGGGGCCUCCCAGGCGCCCACUUCCUCCGGCCUCUCUGUGCAGGAGAAGCGAAAGCUGCUUUGGGGCAAGAAAAGCGAGAAAGAGAGUGAGAAGGAGAAGGCCGGGGAGGACAGCGAGAACGGGAAGGACGAGAAAGUCGUCGACCCCAAUCGGUACUCACUCUCUUUCAGAGGAGACGAAGAAAAGAAACACAAAUUCCUCAAACUCAUGGGAUUCAAGGGAGAAGCCCAACAGCCGCAGCCGUCCACCGCCGCCGUCACAACUGCUGGAAAGGAGGCGCUCGACUCGGCUGCGCAGCAGAAAAUGAAUUCUGAACUCGAGUUUCAGUACUUCCAAGGCAUCAAACGCAAGGACGGACGGAAAACGGGCCUCGGCUUAUAGUCGGAUCCAACGGACCAACGGUCCGUCGCCGCGUCGCGGUUCGAGCACUUGGAGGAGAUGAAGAGAACGAAUUCGCGAAGAAAGUCGAGGGAUGUCCAUGGUGGAGAGGGAGUGGAGAGACUGUUGCAGCGUCUUUGUCACGGACCAUGACUGAAAAGAGCAGACUUCUUUCGGUCGGUGACAUGCACUGAGCUGCGAAUCCCCAGAAAACCAAUCUGGUCCUUCUUCGCUUUCCUCCCUUUUCGUUCCUUCCAUAUACACACAACUAAGUACAUUCACAUACAUGCAUAUGCAUCUUUAUGUUUGUAUAUUUAUAUGUAAUGCAUAUAUAGAGAUGUAUGUGUAUGUGCGAGCGUGUGUACGAGAGCAUCUGGAUAGACCUACCCCGAGAAAAUAUGGAGAUAAAUGUGGUUGACGAGGAGCGGUGAAAGUUUGUUUUUGGUGAUGCUCUUUUGCAGAGAGGUACAGGACGUUUUCUUCAAGCAGAGAUAACCAACGACAAGGUGUGUGUCGCUGCUUGGUGAUGCAUCUGCAUGCCUCUCUCCCUUUCUCUACACAAGCAGAUAUCUGAAUAGAUUUGUUUUAGUAAAGGAGUGCAUGCACUCGGGGCCCCCGUUGGACAUGGGUGGAUGCAGGUAGACUGGGAGUGGGCGGACCUUCUUGCUUUCUUGCAUCUACGAGCGCGCGCGACUCUGGACGCGCCCACUCCAGCGUCCUCUUCCUGGAACCUCUUCACUCCGCGUUUCGGUGUGACUUUCCCUCGCUACGCUGGCAGUCAAACAAACAAGCGGAUCGUCUUGACUUAACACCGCAUGAACAGACAGGAGAACUUACGCACCCCGGUCGUCACCAUCACCUGAUCCAGACAUCUAGUUCUCUCCCAGCAUAUGCAGAUAUCAUCUCAGUGUGUGUAUAUAUGUAUAUACCUAUAUAUAUAUAUAUAUUUUUAUAUAUAUACUUAUAUAUAUAUAUAUACGUAUGAAUAUAUAUUUAUACACGCAUACACUUGUGAGAAUAUGAUUUCGUGAUACAGAUAUUGUCUGUAAAUAGUUGUCGGAUUGCCUAAGGUUGGGA